UCCGCCAAACUUUCCUUGGGUUCCGGGCGCGUCUCAGCGGCUGCUGGAAAGGAGGCGCACCCUGGUCGCCUGCGUGUCCUCUGCUGCUUGUCGCGCCCAGCGGUAGCCCGGCACUGGUCGCCCCGUCGCGCACUGCCCGAGGGCAUGCGGCAGCCGCGGGGGUUCCCGCUCCCGGGCUCGGUGGCGCGGGCGAGCGUGAGCGGAUGUUCAUUUCUUCUCCACAAUGAAUGAGUGUCACUAUGAUAAGCACAUGGACUUUUUUUAUAAUAGGAGCAACACUGACACUGCUGAUGACUGGACAGGAACGAAGCUUGUGAUCGUUUUAUGUGUUGGAACAUUUUUCUGCCUGUUUAUUUUUUUUUCGAAUUCUCUGGUCAUCGCAGCAGUGAUCAAAAACAGAAAAUUUCAUUUCCCCUUCUACUACCUGUUGGCUAACCUAGCUGCUGCAGAUUUCUUUGCUGGAAUUGCCUAUGUAUUCCUGAUGUUUAACACGGGCCCUGUUUCAAAAACCUUGACUGUCCACCGCUGGUUUCUCCGUCAGGGGCUUCUGGACACGAGCUUGACCGCCUCCCUGACUAAUUUGCUGGUUAUUGCCGUGGAGAGGCACAUGUCAAUCAUGAGGAUGCGGGUCCACAGCAACCUGACCAAAAAGAGGGUGACGCUGCUCAUUUUGUUCAUCUGGGCCAUCGCCAUCUUUAUGGGGGCAGUCCCCACACUGGGCUGGAAUUGCCUCUGUGACAUCUCUACCUGUUCUUCCCUGGCCCCCAUUUACAGUAGGAGUUACCUCAUUUUCUGGACCGUGUCCAACCUUGUGGCCUUCUUCAUCAUGGUUGUGGUGUACCUACGAAUCUACAUGUAUGUCAAGAGGAAAACCAACGUCUUGUCCCCACACACGAGUGGGUCCAUCAGCCGCCGGAGGACACCCAUGAAGCUAAUGAAGACGGUGAUGACUGUCUUAGGGGCCUUCGUCGUGUGCUGGACCCCAGGCCUGGUGGUUCUGCUGCUCGAUGGCCUGAAUUGCACGCAGUGUGGCCUGCAGCAUGUGAAAAGGUGGUUCCUGCUGCUGGCACUGCUCAACUCUCUCAUGAACCCCGUCAUCUACUCCUACAAGGAUGAGGACAUGUACAGCACCAUGAAGAAGAUGAUCUGCUGCUUCUCUCAGGAGAAGAACCUGGAGAGGCGCCCCUCCCGCAUCCUAUCCACCAUCCUCAGUAGGAGUGAGACUGGCAGUCAGUACACGGAGGAUAGUAUCAGCCAAAACACAGUCUGCAAUAAGAGCAGUUCCUAAGCUGUAGAUGCCCUCCGCCCACCCCAGCCUCCACUGGGAAAAGCUGUUGAGAAUGAUGACCUGUCUCUAACAAAGCCCAUGCACAGUGUUAUUUGAGGUCUGAAUUAAUCAUUGCUAGAUUUAAAAAACAAAAGAAUUGUUCUACAUAGUUUAAAAGCGCAGGCAAUAAAGAGAGGACACAGUGCAUUUAGAGAUAAUGCACAGAAAGAGGGAAGACAGCACAGUGGAUUCCUGCUUGCUGUCCUGAGAACUGCUUGGAGCACCGCCGGCCUGGCCAUACAUUCUGGGCUCUGCUGCCAUCUUAUAGCCAUUCUCUUUGCGUUUUAAAAGAUGUUGAUAAAAGGCUUAGGCCAAAAUAAAUAAUAAUGUUACUUGAGCCACUUUAUGUAGCUGCUUGGAAAGCAUAUGUAGUUCUUUCUGCAUGCAUUUAAAUUUUUAAAAAUGCUUCAGCAAAGAUAUUUUUUUUCCUCAAAGAAACCAUGGCCAGUAGCUAGGUGUUCAAUAGGAAUCUCAGAAUAACAGAUCAGAAGGGCUUCAGAUAAAACUUGAUUUUUAACUGAAGGAACAUCCUGAGGAAAAAGAUUUACUUUACAGGUAUAUGUUAAAAAACGUCUCUUGAAGCAAAAAAAUAAAUAAAUAAAUAAAGGCCUUGAUGUGAUCCUCUAGGCAUGCUUGUGUGUGUAAACGCACGUGUAUAUUUAUGCAUUUCAAAUUUGUAUUUAAAGAUGUCAAGGAUAGUGAUGGUGAAAUAAGUUCAAUGGCUUUCUAGUCUACGAUUACAGCUGUAGAGAUGACCUGUUGUGCUCUAAAGAAGAGAAAAAGAUGAUUCAUUUGAAAAGAGAUGUACAGCAGAGUAAAAGCUAUACUGAUAAGCAGGCUAAAUUCCUUCCGUACAGGAUCAAAUAUGCGCUCGACUUGGGUCCUCAUUUUCGGUUACCUCCGUACAACUGGUGGCUUGUCGGAAUUAGUAUGUGAAAUAAUUUUCUCAUAUUUGCCCACGGUGAUCAGCAUGCUUCCAGUACUUGUCUUACUUGUGGACUGAAUUUUGAUGUGGGUCCUUUUUAAAAGUAUUCUCCUUCAAAGACCUAAGUAGGCAACAGGAAAGGCAAAUCAGUAAGAAAAACAUGUUCCAAACACAUAGGCUACUGACCAAAGUUUUCUGUGUAAAGCGUUUAGAGUAUAUUCUGAUUUUAAAAGUAAGAAUAACUUCAAGGCAGAUAUAGUAUUUAUGUAGUUUGCAAAAGAAGUUUACAUUUUUUUGUUUUGCUAUUGUGAUGUUACAUUUAUGUGCAAGAACUACUUGUAAUAAAAAGAUUUGUAAAGUCAUGCUUUUAGAUAGAAUGGCCUAAAAUAAAGAGUAUUAUGAUUUGAAGGUUUAGAUUUCACAAGCUCUGUAGUAAGUGGGUCUAUCUAAAGCUAUAUCAAAGCUACCUAUAAAAUAAAUUUUAAAAACGAA